UUCUGAAAGCUUCAUCUUCACACUGGUUAAAGAUCCUCUGCUAAGAUGCUCCGUAACAUCUUUCUUGUCAGCUUGCUCAUAUAUGCAGUCUGUGCAGCUCAUUUGGAGAUCCGUGAGGUGGAAUCUGCUGAGGACCAAGAUGAAGAGAUCUCUGCUGACGGCAUGCAGAAACAGCAGGCAUUUAUAAUAUGCGGAAUAUGCAAAGGCAUCAUGAAGGCAGUGAAAAAGAAACUCCCCGCUAAUGCAACAGCGGAGGAAAUUAAAACAAAGCUGGAAAACCUCUGUAAUAACUUAAUAUGGGGGAGUGGCCGGUGCAAGACACUUGUUGAGAAGUAUCUGCAUUCUAUAAUUGAUGAGCUGAUGACGAACGACGGGCCAAAUACCAUCUGUAAAAAAAUUAAUGUCUGCAUGUCAAAAUCACCCAUAAAGGAGUUCAAUUUUGUACUUGAUCAGGCUCAUGACAAUUUCUGAACGAAAAACUAAAUGAUUGCAUUGAAAGUAUAACAGUAUAUGCAUAACAUUGAAUACAAAAUUAAAGCAUGAUUUAAAUGAUUA